AAGAGGAGAACUGAGGAGGAGAACAGAGGAGGAGAACCAAAGAGGAGAACAGAGGAGGAGAACUGAGGAGGAGAACCGAAGAGGAGAUCUGAGGAGGACAACCAAAGAGGAGAACUGAGUAGGAGAACCCAGGAGGAACCCAGCUGAGUCCAUCAGGACACAGAAGUCAGUUUUAUUUUGAUGCAAACAGUGGAAAUGGAAGGUUCUCCAACUUCCUAAAGAACGCUGUGGGCGUGGACAGUAGAACCAGUGGAGUUGGUCUGGAGGUCAGAGGUCACAGAGGUCAGAGGUCUCAGAGGUCAGAGGUCUCAGAGGUCAGAGGUCAUGGAGCUGCUGGAGGCCUUUUACCGCAGGAAGCUCCGGAAGAAGCAGAAGAAGGCGGAGCUUGGAGCGUCUGAAGGAGCGCUGUGUCGCAGCCCAUCUGAGGCCAACGUCAGCGGACUGACGGCAGGGAUCAUCUCCAGAGUCCUGAGGUUCACCACCAGACGCGGUGAACCGCCGUCUCGUCCGCACUCGUGGCAUUCGACGAAGCUCGGCGACGGUCGUCUGGAGUCGACGGACGCCGCGAGCAGCGUCUGGCAUCACAACUACACCGCCAGUGUGUCCGACCUUUCCGCCGGCUUCGACUCCGGCGGUGGGAGUCUGAGGAAGAGUCCGGACCAGUACAGCUCCAGGGGCAGCAUGGACAGCCUGGACCCGCCCCCGUCCUCCCAGCUCCGCCCUGGGACCCAGCAGCGCCACGUCCACGGCGGACCCCACCCUGCCUACUCGUCCUGUCAACAGCUGUCCUCCUCCAGGUCGUCCAAUAGCAUCGACCUCCUCCACAACAAACGGGACUCCGCCUACUCGUCGGUCUCCACCAGCUCCAGUAUCCCAGAGUACCUGAGCUCCGCCCCCUCCUUCGGCGCCGAGCGCUCCUAUUCGCUGGAGACCGUCCCUCAGAGAGGAGGCGGAGCAGAGGCGCGGCAGGAGGACGUCCGAUACUUCCGGACGGUUUACGACGCUCAGCAGGAGCAGGAGCUGAGAGGGGGCGGGGCCAAGGCAGGGCCAAACCCACACCUGCAAGGAUCAGUGGGCGGGGCCUUUUACCAUGGCGACAGCAGCACGUCAAACAGACACAGCGUGGGUCCAAUCUGGGGCCAGGGGGCGGGGCUGGGGGCGCCAGCUCCGCCCAGACGCAGCGACAGCUAUGCCGCCAUCAGGAACCACGAACGCCACGAGAGACCCAACUCCUGGUCCAGCCUGGACCACGUUAGGCCCCUGAGGUCUCUGCAGAAGGGUUCCUGGCGUCACUCCAGUGGUUCUAUGUCUUCUGCUUCAGCCAAGGCUUCGUUCAGUGCAGACGGUCACCUGCACACGGUGAUGGAGAAGAGUCCAGAGAGCAGCCCCACCACCAGGCCCCGGCAGGGGGGGGGCGGACCCCCGAACCCCCAGAGCCCCCAGAGCCCCCAGAGCCCCUGGGCCCCCCAGACCCCACAGGGGUCACAGGUCAGAUGGGGUGAAGCAGCGGCAGAGGGCUGGACAGAUGGGGGGACGUCAGCGGUGGAGAACGGAGCCCAGAGCGGCGCUGCACCUCCGACCUCGGCUCCAACAUCUGCGACGCUCCGGACUCAGGAGGUGCACAGGACCCCAAAGGAUGAGGCCGAUUCUGGACCAUACAGACCCCACCAGAAAGGACCUGUAGGGGGUUCGGAGGUCCAGACCAACGCCCAAAGACUCCAAAACAAUCCCGUUCAUAAAAACCCUGAAUCACAGAAUCAGACGUUCCAGGAACAGAUCCAUCCGACUCCUGGUCUGAGACCCCCGUCAUCCCAGGACCUGAAGGAUCCUGAUCCGACAGUCCAGUCCAGACACAGGAGCAGGUCCCUGGACCAGCCUAAGGUCCACCCACAGACCCUGUCCUCUUCCAGGGUGGCUCAGGGUCAGGUACCGCCUCCACACUUACCUGUCCACCCUCAGCGUCAAGCUCCGCCCCCCUCUGCCGUCCACACCUCUCCCUGUCACCGCGGCGUCUCGGCAGUUCCUCGCCAGCCGCCGUUGGACCAGACGGAGCGAGACCGAGAACACCCGUUAACUCGACUGGAAAUCGCUCUGGCCGAGGUCCAGCGCUGCGACGGUCCUUUCGGUGCUGCCGCCGCCACCGGUAGUUGCCAAGGUAACAGCGGUUUUGUGGACGCCGGCCAGGGACCCGCUCGCAGUCUGUCGGUUUUGGAGAAAGUCAGUCGGUUUGAGCAUCGAGAACGAGCAGUAAAACAGCGCAGUCACAGCGCCAAGGCCAACCACCACCGGAUAAAUGAAAAAUCUCAGAACACGUCAUGUGGAGCAGAAGACCUGAGGAACAUGCUGGAGAGGAGUACCAGUGGAGGUAAAGCCCAGAGGACUCUGAGCUACAGAGGAGGAAACCACCACCAGGGGGCGCACAGAACGUCAGCUGAUCCCAGUUCAGCUCUGCAGAGGAGUCGCAGCAGCUUCCACCUGGAUGUGUGCAGAGUGGACGAUGUCAACAAGGACCGCCCCUGGAGGCAGGACGUCCAGGAACUGAUGAACACGCAAGACACGCCCACCAACAGGUCUUACCAGGACCCUCUGAAGGAUGCUCAGUCCAAAGUCCUCCGCUCCACCUCCUUCAGACGUACAGACCUGGACUCCUCGUCCGGCCCUUCACCUCCUGCUCCUCCUCCUCUGGGCUCCUCCUCCAGUACCCAUCAACCUCCUCCUGUCCCCGCCAAGUUCCAUUCCUUAGAGAAAAAAGCUCCUAAAACUCUUCCCAAACCUCAGGGCGUCAUCAUCUCGUCCACGUCUCCACCUCCGCUCACAUCUCCUCACACCCCGAAGGAGCGACAUGUGGUCAGUCCGGAGGUCCGCGGGCCCAGCCCCCCCGCCCUACCCAGCGUCCCGCCCGUCGGACCUCCUCCGCUGAUGAGGAUCUGUGGACGAAAGCGCCUGAUGGCGGAGCAGAAGAAGCGCUCGUACUCAGAACCGGAGAACAUGAACGAGGUCGGGGUGUCCGACGCCGACACCGCUGCCCUCUUCAGGCGAACAGGAGAUACGAGCGUAGCCGACAGGAGGAAGAUGUUCGAAUUGGCGGCGAAUUGUGUCGGGGGCGGAGUCUCUCCCGGCGGCUCAUCCAGGACCGACCUGCGACAGCUUCAACAGGACGCUGUGUUCGAAUACGUGGAGCGGAAACGAGGAGCGAGGAGGGACGAGGCGGGAACCAGGGCGGGGCUGAGGCCUCGCAGUGCCUACGUACAAGCAGAACACGACGACAGCCGCUCAGACUCCACGGGCCGGUCCACGUCCAGCCGGUGGUCCCUGCAGGACUGUGGCCCAGACCGGAGCCUCUCCUCUGGGGACCGCCCACUCUGCUCCUCUGGGGACCGCCCACUCUGCUCCACACUGCCCCCUGGAGGCGACCCGCGCAGCUUCAGAUCCAACCUCUUCUACCCGGGUCGGGUCACCAGUCCAAGACCACCAGCCCACCUGCCACCAAGUUCCCCUCAGGUCCAGGUCUACAGCCCCCAGUGUCUCCUGGAUCUGGGUUUGGAGGGACCGGCUGGGCAGCGGGUCUCAGAGCCUGGGCUGGGGUCCGGGUUGUCCCGGCAGUUGGACGGGGCCCUGUGGAAGGCGGGGUCAGCCCGGGGCUCCGGGAAGUCCGCCUCCGCCGAAGACCUGCUGGAGCGUUCUGACCAGGGGCGGAUCAGUCCUCAGCACUGCAGGUCCAGGUCCUCCCCAACCACGGAGACCCUGAACCAGGACAUCAGGAUGUUGGGCAUCUCAGCCUCUGACCCUGGACCAUCUGGACCACCUGGACCACCUGGACCAUCUGGACCACCUGGACCACCUGGACCAUCUGGACCACCUGGACCAUCUGGACCAGGUCCUCUGGAUGUAAACAGAACCGUCCAGACGUCAUGUGACCCAGGUUCUGCAGCGGUGGAGAACUGUUCUGAUCCAGGGUCUGUCCCCCCUCCGGUCUCCCGUCGGGACCGUCAGAGGACCAGUGAGCGCCAGCGAGCCCACAGCGCCUCCACGCUAGCAGCCUCCGUCGGUCUGGUCCAGGGAGGGGGCGGGGCUGAGUGGAAGGCCAGUGAGAGGCUGAGCCAGGCCAACCUGGACGCCAUCACCUUCCCCGGAACUGGAACCGGAACCGGAACCGUGGACCCAGGCUCACAUGUGAGCUCACCGGCCUCAGGGAAGGACCCGUACAGAGGAGGAGCCUUCACUUCUGAUCCUGUUCCACCCCUGAGUCCGCCAGCAGAGGACGCCGUGCCCCGCCCACCCUCUGUCCAGUCCCGCCCACCUUUGGUCCAGCCCCGCCCGUCCUCACUGCGGUUCUCUGAGUCCACACCGCAGACGCCUUUGGAGUCUGGACCAAACCGGGUCUACAGCGACGAGGUCUUCAUCCCAAACCCCGCCCCUCCAUCACCACCACCAAUCAGAGAGACAGACAUCAUGGAGGACCUCCCCCCUGCCCCACCUCCUCCUCCUGUGGGCGUGGACCAGGAAGCACCACCUCAGACUGACAGCAGCUCCAGUCCAUGUGUCCACACCUUGGCCCUCCCCAUCCCUCGGCCCCACCCCUCCUCGCCCAUCCCCUCUGUACCCCCCCCUCCUGAUGACCUGGACCUGGACUACGAUCCUCUGCCACCGAGACGGAAAAGCCCCGAGGAGCUGAGAGCGGAGCGUCUGGCCCGUCAGCUGGUGCGGCAGGACCGCUCUCUGGCGCCCCUCGUGGACUCGUGGGGGGGGGAGUCCACCGUGGACGUUCUGGAGGACAUGUUCCCCAACAGCAAGAUACUGGGGCGGUCGCCACGGCAACGCAGGGGCAGCAGCCAAUUGGACGACAGGAUUCAUGACGGCAUCAGUGGUAGUAACGUGGACUUGGAGGACCAGGACCAGGACCAGAACCAGGAGAACCUCAACAGCAGGAAGGCGGAGCUGUGCGCGGCGCUGAGGAGCAGCAUGGAGACGCUGAGGAGGGAGAAGGAGACGCUGCAGGAGGAGGUGAAGGCCCACGAGGAGCUGGGAGUCCAGGUCCAGGCCCUGGUCCAGAAGACCUGCUCCGCCCACCAGACCGACAAGUACCACAUGUUCAUAGGUGACCUUCAGAGGAUCGUCCACCUCCUUCUCUCUCUCUGCGGUCGUAUGUCCAGGAUCGACCAGAGUCUGAAGAGUCUGCAGAUGGGUGGGGCCACAGAGGAGGGCGUGGCCGAGGAGAGGGACUGCCUCCUCCAUAAACGCUUGCAGCUGCUCCGUCAAACUGAAGACGCUCGUGAGCUGAAGGAACACCUGGAACGGCGCCGGCGCACCGUCCACGCCUUCCUGACGGCCAAGCUCCACCCACCACAGCUGCUCCACUGCCGACGCUUCAUUGCCGCCAAACCCUCACUCCUGAUUCGCCAGCGUCGUCUGGACGACCUGAUCCGGCAGGGGGAGGAGCUGCUGAGACGCCUCGCCGACGGGACGCCGGAGCUGGCCGACGCCCACGGAGCCCCGAGGGUGUGUCCGCCGAGCCCCGCGCAUUGCUCCUCCCUGUUUCCGCAGCUAAUACCAGGUCCCGCCCACAUUGUCCAAUCCGCCGCUGUGACGUCAUUGUGAGGAAGAUGAGUUGAUUGGAGGAGGAGACGGAGGGGGCGUGGCCUAAAGAGGCUGCUGUGACUCACAAAGAACCAUGACCUUUAACCUUUAACCUUUAUUUAUCAGAUGAUUGAAUAUGUAACAGCUGCACUGUUCUACCCAUGAAGAAGAAUUAAAGAUUCACCUACAACCACUGUU